CUUAGACUUCUACCUGCGAAGCGCCGGGCUCGGGAUCCAGGCGGGAUCAUGGCUAGCAGCACCUACGGGAAACUGUGGCAGGAGUCGCGGCGGAUCCUGAAGGAGCUUUUGGACCAGGAGCUGUCCACCGAGCCCAGGAAACCCGAGAAGAACCGGACCGUUUUCUGGCACCGGCUGGCCACCCUCUUCCUGCGCUACGUGCAGGUGGCGCGGCGCCUGGAGGCCUGUUACGAUCAGGUGGUACAUCCGCAGAAGCGCCUGGCGCUGCGGCCGCUGCUGGAUAGCGUGCUGGGACGCAUCCUAGAGCUGAAGCAGGAGCUGGUGGAGCUGGACCUCUCCGAGUACCACUACAUGGACCACGUGCUGGAGGAGCUAAAGCUGACACCGGCCGAGAUGGAGGUGCCGAUUCCCAAGUACUUCGUGAGGGAGCGAGCUAAGGUCCUGCAGGAGCGUCAGGAGGUGUUGGCGGGACUCCUGGCCCGCAUGGAGUCCUCCAAGGCCAUCCCUUCCCCCCACUCCCUGAUUCUGCGGGACGAGGCAGUGAGGCUCAUCCAAAUGGCGGAGCGGAUGCGCCAGGGCCGCCUCCGGGCCCACUUCAUGGCUGAGAUCCGGAGGGAUGAGGAGCGUGAGCGGAAGAUCAGGGAGGGAGGCCCAGACGAAUCCAACCGGGACCAGGCUGCCAUCUGCAUCCAGAAGAUCUGGAAAGGCCACGUGCAGCGACGGCUCACCAGGAUGGCGCGCAAGGCCGAAAUGGCUUUCAUCGGCAUGGAGCUGGAGCCGCACCUGGCGGGCCCCUCGCCGGCCACGAUCCGCGCCCAGCUGGGCGAAGAGCUGCGCAGGCUGCGCCAGGCGGACUACGAGGCCGAGUACCGAGAGGCGCAGGAGCGCAUACGAGACGCCCUCCUGGAGCUGGAGGGGCCUAACAUGCGCGAGCAGCUGCGCGAACAGCUCCGCCAGUGGUUCAUUGAGUGCCGUGACCUGACUGGCCGUUUCCCCGACUACCCAGAGGAGGAAAUUGGGGGCUGCGAGGUCCUUUUUGCCCAGAAGACCCCUGAAGAGGUGAGGGCUGAGCUGGACCUGGCAGAGAUCAAGACGGACUCCAAGAAGGAGAAGGAACCGAAAGAAAAGAUGGAGAAGGAGCCAAAAGAAAAGGAGGAAGAGAGCAAGAAGGGGAAGGGGAAGGAGAAGAGAUCGGAGGAAGAGGAAGGGCUGAAGAUGGCACCUUCCAAGUUCCUGGCCACCAUCAAUCAGGGAUUCCUGCGGUAUACGGGCUGCUGGGGCGAGAACGACGAAGCCACCAACUUCGAGCAGCGCUACCAGCCAGAUCUGAUCAGGGUGCAGAAGAGGAGAGAGAUGGAGAUCGAGAUCCGGCUGCAGGUGGAUGAAUUGAUGCGGGAGGAGCUUCGACACCUGCGUCUGGCCGUUGACCAGGAGGAGACACGGACUCAGAAGGCCCCCAAGAAGGGUCCCAAGACAAAGAAAGGAAAGAAAGAGAAGGACCUGACGCCAGAGAGGACCAUCGAUUCUCUUUACGAAGAACUGGUGUUCCAGGGCAUUAUUAAGAAGUCCUCGAAGGUGCAGCUGGCCGAUUACUCAGGGGACUUCUGCUACCUGGGAACUUUCUUGCGCCAGAAGGCCAUUGAGCCCAUUCCCUCCAUGCUGGACGUCCGGCAGAACAUUGUCCUCUAUGCUAUCCUUCCUCUGGGUUCCCAGACCGUGCAUGAAUUGGCCCCCCAGGUGAGGUCCAUCCUCCUGGCCGGCCCCCCAGGCACGGGGAAGAAGAUGCUGGUCCACGCCGUCUGCACUGAGACAGGGGCCAACCUUUUCGACCUUUCGCCAGACAACCUGGCCGACAAGUAUCCAGGCAAGGCCGGCCUCCAGAUGCUCAUCCACCUGGUGUUCAAGGUGGCCCGUGUUUUGCAGCCCUCCGUGAUCUGGGUCGGGGGUGCGGAGAAGAUGUUUUACAAGAAGAUCCCCAAAGAGGAGAAGGAGCUGGAUCCCAAACGGCUGAAGAGGGACCUGCCCAGAGCCCUGAAGCUGCUGAAGGCCGAGGACCGUGUGCUGCUCAUGGGCACCACCAGCAGGCCGUACCUGGCCGACCCCAAGGCCCUCGGCAAGGCCUACGAGAGGCUCCUGCUCGUCCCCCAGCCGGACUAUGCCGCUCGCUAUGUGACGUGGCAGUGGCUGAUCCAGAGGAAUGGUGGGGAGGUCUCCAGCAGCCUGGACCUGAGCGCCCUGGCGAAGGUGUCAGAUGGCUACAGCCAAAGCAGCCUGGAGCAGGCCGUGAAGCUGGUGCUGACCGAGCGGCGCCUCAUGCAGCUGCCCAAGAAGCCCCUCUUGGCCGCAGAGCUCCUGCAGAUGCUGGGCAGGAUGGACCCCAUCUACCCCGAGGAGCUGGAGCUGCUGCAGGACUGGUUCGACAAAACUCCUCUGGGCAGAAGGAAGCUGGAGGAGGCAGAGAAUGUCCCGGCGGCUGCGGACCAGGAGAAGCCAGGGCAGAAGAAGUGAAGCUCCCCUGUGGCGGCCAUGCAUGCACAAUUCUGAGGAGGGCAAAGGGGUCUCUGUGGGCAUGUUACAUUAAGAAUGACCCUGGCACGGUGCCCAGGACGAGGAAUCCA